AUGACACAUGCCCACAAAGGUCAUCAGGGCAUUGUCAAAACAAAACAAGCCCUGAGGACGAAAGUGUGGGGGCCGCGAAUUGACAAAGAUGCGGAAGAGUUUAUUAAGCAUUGUCACGCAUGCCAGUCUCUCGGGCAUGGUGAUCCGCCACCGCCUCUUCAACAACACAAAUUACCCUCCAAACCAUGGGAUAGACUUCACAUGGAUUUUUGCGGUCCAUUUCCCACGGGGGAAACACUUUUUGUUGUCAUUGAUUCAUAUUCAAAGUUCCCAGAAGUGGAAAUAAUGAAAUCCGCUACUGCCAGCGCCGUCACAGAACAGGACAGAAUUUUUGCAGUUCAUGGUUUUCCCACUGAAAUCUACUCGGACAAUGGUCCACCGUUUGCUAGUGAUGCAGUGAAGAAAUUCAUGCGAAAUCGCGGAAUAAAUCACAAUUUUCACAAUUCACAAUUUUAUUAAAUUUAAAGAUAACAAAUAAAAUACAGUACUAUGCGCAAAUUGUUUUUUUUUAUAAUAGUUUCCUAUAAGUAUUAACGUUCACAUUACAUAUAUAUAUAUAUUGUUUCUCAUAGUAUAACAGAGACAAAGUCACCCAAUAAAACAAAGAAGAAGUUUGUCGGAACUUGUCGAGACUGACCUAAAACUCACAGCAGCAAAUGGUAGUGUUAUACCAUAUAUUGGUUGGGUUGAAUUAGCAUUUGCCUUGUCUUCAAAGAACACUCAGGUGCACGUGCCAUUUUUUAUUACAACUGAAACAAUUGAGUACCCGAUAAUAGGCUACAAUGUGAUUGAAGAAAUUGUGACAAAUGAACACAAUUUAUUUAUUGUCAGAAAUUCAAUCUUCAUUUGUUGGACUUGACAAUUAUGCGGCACAAGCAUUAAUUAACUUUGUUCAAAGUGCUGACAGUGAUUAUUUAUGCAAUGUCAAAACAAGCAAAAGAGAUGUUGUCAUACCAAGUGGAAAACAGGUAAACAUUCAAUGUCGAGUUAAUACAGGUCCAAUUUGUGGGACUACCCCAGUUUUAUUUGAACCAGAUGAAACAAUGCCUUGCAGUGGCGUGCUGGGUACUAUUUAUCUGGGGGGGGGGGCAGUCGGCUAUGAACUAAUAUGUACCCCUAUAUUGUAAUGCUUGAUAAACGAGGGACGAAGGCACAAACCGAGCGCCGCAGGUGCGAGGUUUAUCUAGGGGGUCCGGGAGCAUUGCCACGUGCGGAAAAUUUUUGAAAUUAGUGUCUCUGAAAUGCCAUUUCAUGGAAUUUGUGGGAAGGUUUGACAGAAAUCUGAUGGUCAGGAAAAGGGAUUAUAACGUGUCGAAAUUUGCAAUUUGGUUAUAGAAUUUAGUACUAGUACUUAAAUUGGGCAAUGGUAACUAAUUCCAGCGAUUAAUCUAAACCCAAUUAUAUUCUCUACUGAUCUAGUGAUCUGAAUGCAUUUAUACAAUAGAACAGCUCCUUUAUACAAUAACACACGGACCCCACGCAUAUGCAUUUUAAGGUUUCCUUGUUUGGCUGCCAAAAGGGCGCGUUUCAGCAUCAUCUUAUUACUUACAUUACUCAUGAGUGAUGAUGUUUCUUGCACAAACAACUAAAUUGCGUACACAACUUUAUAUUGUCAUAUAAAAACUAUCUAAUUUGCGCCGCUCUCGUGAUUCGUGAAGCAUAAUAAAGGGCAUAAUACCAGCAAAGAAGGGAAUAAUUCCCGUGAUCGCUCCGAAACCUGACCAAUAUUCCGGCAAUGAGACAUUGCAUGUGAUCACUGAUCAUAUAUGAACAAUUUUGUGUGAGCCGUGAGGUAAGCUAGCAAAUUAUAGCAAAUACGGUUAGACAAAAUAGUCUGCAAUUUAAUAUAUCACUUUGUUGCAGUCUAUGCGCUUAGUGUGUUUUAUAGCCUAUGAAUUAAACACAUCUUUUCUUGGCGGAAGUAACUGUAUUUUUGCAAAUGCGUUUUUUCCCACCCACUUUCAAUAUUUGGCGCCCCCUUUUCAUUUUUGCGCCCUCCAAGAAUUGCCAGCUGGGGGGGGCCUGCCCCCCGGCCCCCCCUGCCAGCACGCCACUGAUGCCUUGGCCCUCCUGCCUAGAAAUCAAUGAGACAUUGCUAACAGUAAAGAAAGGGAAGACUAAUUUUAUCGAAGUGCAAGCGAAUAAUUUUCACAGAAUGACGACGACAUUGGGUGUAUCCCAGAUCUGAAAGUAACAAUCAAAUUGAGUGACGAGACACCAGUACAAAAGAACUACACGGCAGUGCCAAGACCACUUUAUCCUGAGGUUAAAAGUUAUGUUGAAGAACUCUUGAAUAAGAACUUUAUCAGGAAGUCAACAUCCCCUUACAGUUCGCCUGUAGUAUGUGUCCGAAAAAUGGACCAAACACUUCGGUUCUGCAUCGACUAUCGAGAACUAAAUAAAAAAAGCAUCCCAGAUCGCCACCCUAUACCCAGGAUCCAAGAGACACUUGACAGUCUUGGGGGAAAUUCAUGGUUCUCGGUAUUGGACCAAGGAAAAGCAUACCAUCAAGGUUUUAUGAGUGUGGAGAGCCAAGCCCUAACUGCCUUUAUAACCCCUUGGGGCUUAUAUGAAUGGGUUAGAAUCCCAUUCGGUCUUUGUAAUGCCCCAGCGGCAUUCCAAAGAUUCAUGGAAAACUGUUUGGAUGACUUGCGCGACACAAUAUUUAUCCCGUAUCUUGAUGACGUCAUCGUAUUUAGUGCCACGUUCGAGGAUCAUGUGAAACAUCUUCGGAAGGUAUUUCAGCGUUUAAGGGGAAAAUGGGGUAAAGCUAAACCCCAAAAGUGUAAGUUGUUCGUUUAUUGUGUGCACUGACGCGUCUGAAGAGGGACUGGGAGCCAUCCUGUACCAAAAUCAAAACGGUGAAACAAGAGUUAUUGCGUAUGCUUCUCGAAGCUUGACACCCGCCAAACGAAAUUACCAUCACCAUUCGAGCAAGUUGGAAUUUCUUGCACUAAAGUGGGCGGUCUGUGACCAUUUUCGGGACUAUUUGUAUUAUGCCUCGGAAUUUACAGUCUGUACUGACAACAACCCACUCACGUACAUCUUGUCUUCCGCAAAACUUAAUGCAGAUUUCAAUUUCACUAUCAAAUACCGCCCCGGUAAAGUGAACACUGAUGCAGAUGCGCUGUCAAGGUUGUUGCCAAAUGUCGAUAGUUACAUGGAGAUGUGCACAGAGGAAAUUGCAAUGGAUACUCUCCAAGCCAUAGAAUCAUGAAUUUUGGAACAGGAAGCGAGUAACAUCAGCUGGAUCACAGCUUUUACUACUAAUCAGGAUGUGUUAGAAGAAGAUAUGAAGCACAUUAACAGUGUUUCCAUGAACACUAUUUCUUGUGGCGAGAUCAUACUUGCCCAAAGAGACGACACAGAAAUUAGUAAAGUAAUCAAAUGGAUUGAAUCGAAACCUACUUCGGAGAAAACAUCUAAUGAAUCACGCUAUACACGGUACCUCCUGUAUGAGUGGAACAAGUUGGAAUUGGACAAACAUGGAUUGCUUCGGAGAAAAAGUGGUUUGAAGAAUCAAAUAGUUUUACCUAAAAACUCCAUUGGUUGGUGUACGAGGAACUUCACGAGAAAAUGGGCCACUUAGGAGCAGAUAGGGCACUAGAACUUGCCCGUGCUCGGUUCUAUUGGCCGCACAUGCAGAGAGAUGUAGAACCUUACAUUUCACAUAAAUGUCGUUGUGUGAAGCAAAAAGUUCCUACUUUCCAAACCAGGGCACCAUUACAGUCCCAUUACAACAACUGCUCCAUUCCAGAUGGUGUCUUUAGACUUUGUUCAUCUUGAGAAAAGUAGUGGCGGUUACGAGUAUAUUUUAGUUAUAAUGGAUUAUUUACCUGUUAUGCACAAGCCUAUGCAACUCGAAAUAAGUCAGCUAAGACAGUGGCGGAAAAGUUAUAUAAUGACUUUAUUUUGCAUUUCGGUUUUCCAGAAAAACUCCAUCACGACCAAGGAGGAGAAUUUGAAAAUCACCUCUUCAAACAGCUGGAAAAACUUUUUGAUUUUGGUAUUGGACAUUCAAGGACUACCCCGUAUCAUCCGCAAGGCAAUGGCCAAGUGGAACGUUUCAAUCGUACCCUCCUUGCCAUGCUGCGAACCCUACCGGAAACGCAAAAAUCACACUGGAAAGACCACCUCCAGAAAAUGGUGCACGCCUAUAAUUGCAUGCGUCACGAGUCAACUGGAUUCUCGCCAUUUUAUCUCUUAUUUGGCAGACAUCCUCGUCUACCUAUUGAUAUGAUCCUAAACCUGGAGAGCGAGUCAACUGAGUCACUUAAUUAUAGAGAGUAUGUUAACAACUGGAGUGAAGCGAUGUUUGAAGCAUACAAGUUUGCAAACGAAAAGAGUUCACAGAGUAGAGCGAAAGGGAAAAAGCUAUAUGACCGCCGCAUCCGUAGUUCGGAGUUACGAUCGGAGGAUAGAGUUCUUGUACGGAAUCUGG